AUGGCCGCAGGCAAGCCAGAGUCUGCGUCACCCGUUCAUGUUUUCUCCACCACGCCGCCGUCGCCGCACACUAUGCCCAUGGAGCCUAUGGCGCACGACGAGCACGAGCCGACAUCGAGCGGAAGCUCCAUCGACGCAAGCGUCGGCACACCGGCAUGCAUGUCGCCCAGAUCGCCCAUGUACUCGUCCAAUGACGGGUUCCUCGACGCCUCCGCCGCCAUCACCCUCGGCCCCGCCGUGCCUCCCCUCCCCUCCGUCGUCACCAGUGGAAUACCGCCGCGCGAUGGAGCCGACUCGACCCCCUCGCCAGUGGGCAGCAAGACAUCGUCCUUCUUCGCAACGAGCCAGUGUGACACCCCUCCCCCAGCUCCCCGACUAGCGCCCGCAGCACCCUCCCCAUUAUCACUGUCACGCGCGUCGUCGCUGCGCGCGCGGGCGCUUCCCAACCUCCCGUCCCCAACACAGGAGUACGACCAUGUGGAGACCCCAGCCGAACUCUCGCAGUUGGCGCCUUUGCACCAGUCGCCGAGUCUCGCACCGACAUGGGUCCCGCCUCGCCCCCCGCACGCAGACCACAUCGAGAUGCGUCUGUUCCCGGACGCGGAGCACCUCCUCGGCGAAGGCCGCCAAGCGAUUGGCAGCCGAUCGCGAGAGUCAGACGAUGGGCCUCCGGGAGGCAUUCUUCCUGAACCGUCUGAGCGGCCCGCCGACUCGCUGACCCGCCGCUCGAACAAGGGGCGCGUGUUCAUCGUCAAGCUCAUCGCAGUCAAGGAGGACGAAGAGGACGCCAAUGUCCCGAUCAUGCCGCCCUCGCCGACGCCCGUCCGGAAACGCAGCAGCACGAUCUAUGCUGGCGGCCGCGAAGGACCAGAGCACACCAUGGGCCACGCGCACUCCCCAAGCCUCCCCGGCGCCCUCGAGCUCGAGAAGCCGCCGAGCCCCCGCCGCCUCGUCCUGCUGCUCGAGCACGUGCCGCUCGGCUCUGUCGACCGCAUGCUGCGUACCGAGCCCGGCCUCGUCGGCGAGCGUCUCUGGGGCCGCUGGGCGCGCGAGGCGGCCGAGGCGCUGGAAUGGGUCCACAGCCGCGGCGUCGUGCAUGCCGACAUCAAGCCGAGCAACAUUCUCCUAACGUAUCAGCUGACGAGCGAUCUGCACCUGCGCUUGUCUGACUUCGGAUCGUCACUGCUGAUCCACCCCUCGUCCCCGCCCACCGACGGCGUCGGGCUCGGCACAUUGCCCUUCAGCGCGCCCGAACUCGUCGACCCAAACGCGAGCUUCUCCUUCCCGAUCGACGUCUUCGCCCUCGGCGCGUCCCUUUACCAGAUGAUCACGGGGCGGGAGCCGUACCGCGGCUCGCGCCCUGUCGAGAUGAUGCACCACGUGCGCAAUGGCAUCCUCUGGGACUGGGAGGAGCGGCAGCGUCUGAAGCGCGUGGGCGAGCACUCAGCGAGCUCGUCGCCCUAUCCCUCCGGUCCCUCCUGGCGCGCCGAGCCCGUGCCCGCCGUCGAGAUCCGGAGGGCCAUCAGCCUGCGCGCGCCGGGGGGCACGCCGUCGCCGCACAAGCGCUUCCCGUCUGCAGACCACACGUUCGGCAGCGGGGGCAGUCUCUCGGCCGAGUCCCUCUCUAGCUCCCCCGGGGGCAUCAAGUCGUGGGCGGCGUGGGCGAAUGGCGCGCGGCAAGACGCAGUCGACAAGCUCCUCGACGACAAGGGCGAGAAGGGCUUCAGCCCCCUGCGUCGCCGGGCCGGGAACGAAAUCGCGCGCAACGCGUCUAUCCGUAGCGCACGCUCUGUCCUCAGCAAUCAGAGGAGCAGUCCCGAGUCCUCGCCCGAGAGCACGAGUCGGCGCCGCGCCCCCGUGCAGACUGAGCGGCCCAGCUCCGCCGCAGCCCUCAGAGCGAUCACGGACCUGGCGCUCGACGGUGAGGACCGGCGCAAGGACAGCUACGACGACAGGGCGUACGCUGACGGCGCCCCCGCUAUGCACUUCCUUGGCGGGGGACGUGUGCCCGAUGACGUGAGGGAUGUGCUCCGCGCCAUGCUGGACCCGAAUGCGGCAGAGAGGCCCAGUGUCGGUGACGUGCUCGCAGCAUGGGAUGAACUGAAGGUGGGCGUGUAG